AAAUCAUAUGUGAAUGACAGAUGUAUAUUUUUUAUAAGAGUAAUGAAUUCGGAUUUUUUAUUUAAUUCAUCAAUAUUUGAUGUACUUAUACUUUAUUGGAACGAACUAAGUAUUUACGUGUUGAAUUCGUUCUCCGGUCUGGUAAACUCGCGUACAAAAAACCUCGUGUCUGUUAUCGAAAGUCUGCCAGAGUCUUUGUAUUUCGACGAGUUCCAGUGGAAAAUUUUGCAGGGUCUCCUUGUUGUUUUGUUUAUCAACUUGGCUCUCAUUGUCAUCGUCUGGAAAUUCUACGGCAAACGUAUUUGCGAACGGUUUAUGAUUUUAAAUACUUCCUCCAAAGCUAUCGAAGAACUUAAGGCGAGCGUUUCGAGACUUAAACUUCCCAAAGAACACACACCAAGGAUAUAAAAAUGGCGGAGAAAAUCAAAAAGUUCUUUGCCAAAAAGAAGGCCGAUGCCAAAUUCAAACUGGCAGGUCCUGGGCAUAAGUUAAACGAAUCUUCCUCAAUAGACAUUGUAGGUCCAAGUAAGCAAAACAAACCAAAGACAGCUCCCCCAAGAGCUACACCAACUGAUGCUACAAGACAAGCAGCAGAAGCUGCUUUAGCCAGAGUCAGUACCCAGAAAAAAGAUAGUGCAUUUAAUACAUCUUUAGCAGCGAUUCAAGCCAAAGUAAGAAAGGAACUCGAAAACGAAAAGAAAAAUGCUGCGAAAACGGACGAGUUUGUUCCUCAAAAAAGACCUGAAGAAACUGAAAUAGAGGCAUCACCUCAUUUAGCUGUUAAAGGGGUUUAUUUUAAGUGUCCAUUGGUUAGCGAAGCUGUUUUAAGUAAGGAAGAUUGGAAGGUUAAGAUUCAAGAGUUUUUGUUUGAACAGCUGGAGGAGGAAAAGGGCCUGACUGCGUGUCUAAUUAUUCAUUCCUGUAAUUAUAAUAGAGCUAAGGUAGAAGACUGUGUGACCACUCUCUGCAGAUACAUAGAUAACAUCAUAACAAAUCCUGAAGAGACAAAAUUCCAUAAAAUUAGAUGGCAAAAUGCAACUUAUGCUGAUAAAGUGGAGCCAAUUUUGGGUUCCAAAGAAUUUUUGGAUGCUGCUGGUUUUCGAAUUCAAUUAAUUGAAAAUAAUGGUAAUGAAGAAAAUUUCUGGGUUUGGUCUGCUGAGAACAUUGAAAAUGUGGAGGUUUUGCAAACCCUCAGAGAAACUCUUACAUCUGGUGAAAGAGUGGAACUGGAAAUUGACAGAAACAUCCAAAUUUUGUCGCCUUCUCAAGCUUCUGCAAGAAUUGAACUUCCCCAAGAUUUCUACGCUAUAUCGGCUGAAGAACUUAAAAGGGAACAACAACUAAAGGCUGAAAAUCUCGAUAAACAACUACAAUUAAGGACUAAAGCUAUGAGAGAAAAGGAGGAACUAAGAGAAAUACGUAAAUAUAAAUUCGCACUUAUAAGAAUUCGGUUUCCAGACGGGCUAUAUCUUCAAGGAACAUUCUCAGUAUAUGAAAAAUUCGCUGAAGUAUUGGAGUUUGUCCAGGAAAAUCUAGAUGUAAACCUGCCAUUUGUUUUAUGCACUGCGACAGGUCAAAAGUUCGGCGAAGAUGAUGCCGAUACCAACUUGGCCACACUAAGAUUGGUACCAGCGACCAUUUUAUUAUUUAGCUGGGACAAAUCCAUUGAAGAAGACUUAAAACAAUCUGGCCACAGUGGAUUCUUAAAACCGGAAGUUAUGAUGUUAAUGCAGUCACUUUUAUAAUUAAGGCGGCUCAUUUUUAUCAAAUAAUUGGUAUUUACAUUUAUUAUGCUUCAUAUUAAUUAAUUUAAUGAUUUUAUGUAUACUUAUCUCCACUUUUGCUGUAAUUUAUUUCUUUUACUCUUGUGAUAUACAUAUUUUAUUAAAUUAUUAUCGUUAAGACAUCUUGGAAUUUAAUAUUGUUAAUUUUGAUUGUUACUGCAAAUAAACUGAUUAUUUCACCAUUAAAUUUAAUAUUUUUAGAUGCCCUUAAUAUAA